UUUACUUUUUGGAAAGAAAAAUGGGGAAAAAGAAUCCGAGUGGUAAAUUGUUCUCGCGUUGGGCUAAUGCUAUAAAGUUGGAAAACAAAGCCAAUUCUGUUACCCAGGAAGCUUAUGAAGAUGUUUUUGACGAUAACGUUUUGGAAAAAAAGUGUUGGUUGGCACAUAACUGCACACCUUGGGAAAAAGUUAAAAAGUUUUGGUUAGAUACAUGCACGUUUAGAAAUAAAUGUAAGGGAUCUCUAUCGGAUUUGCUAGUAGACUGGCCGCGUUACAAUGACUUUAACGGUUACGAAUUGGUAAGAAAAAAGCACAAAGUAUUUAUUUUCAAAUUAAACAUUAUUCAAUUAUAACAGGUUGAUA